AUGGCACCAUCUCCACAGGCCGACACCUCAGCCCCCAAGAAGAAAUCGCGAUGGCAGAAACUCAAGGAAGAGAACGAGGAGCGUAAGCGGGGCAACAUACAGCACAUAUCUGCUAAACAAGCAACGGAGAGGACGGGGUACGACGAGACAGGAAAGCCGGCGACAGAGUGGCGCAAAGAGGCGCAUGCAAAGUGGGUUGAGGAGCAGAAGGAGGAUAAUAAGCGGUUUGGGGGUGCGGUGGUGACGGCUUUGGCGCCGGGGGCGGCGAAGGGGGCUGCGGCGGAUGGGUGUGGUGUCAUGUAG